CAUAGGUUUUGUCCGUGAGCAUUUGGUUUUUGGCUCUCCCUCUCUUAUCGUCGCUCCUUCUCACUGCGACUGGAUUUGAGGAAAAUAAUGGAGAAAUGGGUGCUGGUGUUCGGAGGCUCUAAUCCAAUUGAUGAUUGGUGUUUGGAAGGAUAGAAGGUAUUUCUAGUUGAUCUUAUCAAAAGAGAGGAACUUUAGAAGAAAAGAGAAAGACUUGUGCAUUUAGGUUCUUUUUGUAUUUUGGAGUUAUUCAAAUAUUUCGCAUGUGGGGUCUGAGCCUGAAGCUCUGGCCGCUCAGAUUUGGUUGUGGAGUUGGUGAAUGGGGAUUUAGACAAUGGCGUCACAGGGUGGUGGCGGCAGUGGAGGGCAGCGAUUCCAGAUUGAGAGCUUAGCGAGGCAAGGAUUUCUUUAUAGCCUUACCCUCAAUGAGGUCCAGAGCCACUUUGGUGAACCCUUGACCAGCAUGAACCUUGAUGAGCUCCUCAAAAGCGUGUUCCCAGAAGGCAACCAAUCCUUGGGAAUGGACCUGGACGCUGCCACCAGCCAAUAUACCUCUAGUUCUGGCCUCCAGCGCCAGGGAAGUAUUACCAUGCCACAGGCCCUAAGCAAGAAGACAGUGGAUGAGGUGUGGAGAGAUAUCCAGCAGGGGCAGCACAAGAGCAUCGAGGAGCAGAGAUCAGGUCGUGAGAGGCAGGUGACGCUUGGAGAGAUGACACUGGAGGAUUUUCUGGUGAAGGCCGGGGUGGUUGUGGAGGGCUCUGCUAAGGAUGCGAAUGAUAUGAUGAGGAGUGUGGGUCCUGUUGGAAGUGCCAAUCCAGUGGGUGGGCCGCAGGAUUUUGGACAAGGGGCACAUUGGUUGCAGCAGUAUCGUCAGAUGUCUGCCAUGGAUCAGCAUCAGCAGGGGCAGCAAAGCAUGAUGGGUGCUUAUGUGCCAAGCCGUCCGGUCCCUCAGCCUUUGGGUCUUGGCGCCAGCCCUAUUUUGGAUGCUGUCUUCCCUGAUGGCCAGAUGAGCAUUUCAUCUCCUGGAUUGGGGGCACUCUCUGAUCCACAGACACCAGGUCGUAAACGAGCAGCUUCAGGGGACAAGACAGAUAAAUUAGUGGAGAGGAGGCAGAAGAGGAUGAUCAAGAAUCGGGAGUCUGCUGCCCGUUCAAGAGCUAGGAAGCAGGCCUACACAAAUGAGCUGGAAUACAAGGUUUCCCGUCUUGAAGAGGAAAAUGAGAGACUGAAGAAGCAGAAGGAAUUGGACAAGAUACUGUUCUCCAUGCCUCUGCCAGAACCGAGGUAUCAACUUCGGAGAACAAGUUCAGCUUCCUUCUGAUCAUGUUCAUAUUAAAUUUUGUAGACUGGCAUGUGAGUGUUAUAUUUGCCUCUUGGGUUAGAAAUAUGUGGUAGCUUUGGGUUUUUAGCUCUCCUGCUUCAGGGUUUUAAGAUUGUGAGGGCCCCUACGUAUGCUGCUCCUGCCCCUUUUCUGUCGUCGGCUUCUACUAAGGCUUUGUUCGUUGUAAAUCUGCUAGGCACAUCAGCACAUUCAGAGUUCUUUUAUGUAUUUCAUGUGCCUUUUUUCAGCAUUUUAGCUUUGAUGGUUACCGAACUAGUGGAUAAAAGUUGGACGUGUGCAGAACUGCAGCUCUCAUAGUUUCUGGGCAUAAGAUCUAUCGAAAGCAGCAGCACUCAAGUGUAAUUUUCAGUACUCUUUUUAUAUAAAGUUGCUACAGGAUUAGUGUGAUUCAUUUGACUUGUAAAUUCUAACUUACCUUUGGAGUUAAAAGUUUGUGUAUAUUUGCCAUACUAGCUCAGUUGGUAAGCUCAUGCAAUCAGAAUCAUAUUAUGUGGCUGAUACCCCAUUA